GAGCUGCUGGCUGCAGCCGCGCCGGCCGAGCGCGCCGACCGGCACCAUGCCCCGCGUGGAUGCAGACCUCAAGCUGGACUUCAAGGAUGUCCUGCUCCGACCCAAGCGAAGCAGCCUCAAGAGCCGAGCCGAGGUGGAUCUUGAGUGUACCUUCACAUUUCGAAACUCGAAGCAGACCUACUCAGGGAUUCCCAUCAUUGUGGCCAACAUGGACACCGUGGGGACAUUUGAGAUGGCAGUGGUGAUGUCACAGCACUCCAUGUUUACAGCAAUUCAUAAGCAUUACACCCUGGGUGACUGGAAGCUCUUUGCCGCUAAUCAUCCAGAACGCCUGCAGCAUGUAGCCGUGAGUUCGGGCAGUGGGGACAGCGAUCUGGAAAAGAUGAGCAGCAUCCUGGAAGCUGUGCCGCAGGUUAAGUUUAUUUGCCUGGAUGUGGCCAAUGGGUACUCAGAACAUUUUGUGGAAUUCGUGAAACUCGUCCGUGCCAGAUUUCCAGAACACACCAUCAUGGCAGGAAAUGUGGUGACAGGAGAGAUGGUAGAAGAGCUUAUUCUUUCCGGAGCAGAUAUAAUCAAAGUGGGAGUUGGACCAGGUUCUGUGUGCACCACCCGCACCAAGACGGGGGUGGGCUACCCCCAGCUGAGUGCCGUGAUGGAGUGUGCAGAUUCUGCCCACGGCCUGAAGGGGCACAUCAUCUCCGAUGGAGGCUGCACGUGUCCAGGAGAUGUCGCCAAAGCCUUUGGAGCCGGAGCAGACUUUGUCAUGCUGGGAGGGAUGUUUUCAGGCCACACCGAGUGUGCUGGAGAGGUGAUCGAGAGGAAUGGGCAGAAGCUCAAGCUCUUCUAUGGGAUGAGCUCGGAAACGGCGAUGAAGAAGCACGCGGGAGGCGUCGCCGAGUACAGAGCCUCUGAGGGCAAGACUGUGGAAGUGCCUUACAAAGGGAGUGUAGAAAACACUAUUCUGGAUAUUCUCGGGGGACUGAGGUCUACCUGCACCUAUGUGGGAGCCGCCAAACUCAAAGAGCUCAGCAGGAGGGCGACGUUCAUCCGGGUGACCCAACAGCACAACACCCUGUUCAGCUAACCUUGAAGAUGAGGUGACAUCUGGCUCGUGGAAGCUUCCACACACACCUGCUUUCCCAUCUCCUUCCUCCUGUUACAUCAGAGCUUCGGGCUGCUCCUGAAUGGUGGAAUGCUGCUUCUUCCUACCCCUCCUGCCGCCUGGAGGCUUUGGGGCUCCCCCUGGUGCCUUCCGGGGGGCCCAGAAGCAGGGCACUGAGAGGGUCAGUGGUCAGAGCCCAGCUGCCCAGAACUCAUAACCACAUUGUUACAACCAAUACUCACACCUUUUUCUUUCUUUUUUAAAAAGAAAACGGUUUCACUUUAAUAUAAUGCUAUUAUCUUAAGA